AGUAUAAAGUUAGUAUAGAUAACAUUUUUAUCCUGUUAUAUGUUGGUCAACGUAAAAAACAAAGCUAUAUUCUCCUGCCGUAAAGGCGCGUGCCGUAUUGCAGCGUGUGUGUUGUUGUCAGACACCGCACCUGCUGCAGGAUGUGGCUGUUUAACUGGGCCGUUUUGGUGUUUUUGGUACUGUUCGUCGCCAAGUACAAGACGCUUGCUCUCCAGGAUGUGACGGCCGACCUGUUCGGUGCCGAAAAUAACGGCACGGUGGCGGCGUUCGGCGAUUUCAACGCCGAUAAACAGACGGACAUCUUCAUCAUCAGGGAGCAGUCUGAGCUGGUGAUCUUCUUGGCUGACGCCAAAGCACCGUACUUCAAACCUAAGGUGCACAUCUCCAAAGGCAUCCUGCCCAGUGAUGCUAACCUUACCAGUGUGGUCCCUGGCGACUAUGACGGAGAUUCCCAGAUGGACGUUCUCCUCACAGCUCAGAUUAAUUUAAUGGCAUCUUCUGUUUUCGUCUUUUGGGGCGACAACCAGACAUUGGACACAGAUGGUUGGAUCAGGCUGAACAAGACCUUCAGAGAUCAGCCUCUUGUCAUGGACUUCAAUGGCGACAUGAUCCCAGACAUAUUUGGAGUGACAGGGCAGGCAACCACAGAAUAUUGCUCUCUAACCAACAGGAAUGUGGUGUGUCAGAGUGCUCUGAGUUCACCCGUCAACAUGCGCAUCCCUCACGCCAACGCCUUCAUUGACCUCAACAAGGACUUAACUGCAGAUUUGUUCCUGACAACCGACGGGCCCAAGUUUGAGACGUGGAUCAGCAAGGAUGGCAAUUUCACCCGAGCAGAGGUUCUCCCUGAAGACCCGCCCUUCCCCACCGUGGGCCAGUCCUCCUUUGCUGAUUUCGCUCCUCCACCUCCUCCUCCUCCACUCUCCUCCUCCUCUCCUCCUCUGAUCUGCAGAUGGAGGUCUUUUCUUUCAAGUUACACCAUCACUUGCUGCCUGUGUGUGAACUCUGAACGUCAUCUAGUUUUGAAACUUGGAGGAAGGAGACAAGGAGGAUGGAGGAUGCAGACAGAAAAUGGCGACGGCUACCAGGACCACCUCCUUCCCGUGUGCUUGGAUGAAGGCUGCCAGCGCAGCGCCAUCUACUUGGCCAAGUCCGGUUCCGAAGAGUGGGUCCUCGUGCUGUCAGAUUUCCAGCAAAAGGGGGGAACGGUGUGGAGCUUUGUGGUAGGGAAGCCCAGCCAGCCUCUGUCCCUCCACCUGGGAGACUACAACCUGGAUGGCUUCCCGGAUGCUCUGAUGGUCCUGCGGAACACCAGUGGCAGUGCCAAGCAGGCCUUCCUUUUGGAGAACGUGCCCUGCAGCAUCCCCAGCUGCCAGAGCGUCGGCAGGAUGUUUAGCAUCCACUGGGACCAGUCGGACCUGGGCGCCAUCCCCAACGCCAUCAUGGCCACCUUCUUUGACAUCUAUGAGGACGGAAUAUUGGACAUGCUGGUGAUGAGCCAGGUGGAGGGCAGGAGAGACUUGAUCAUCCACGCUUUGAAGAACAACUUUGAAGCCGACGCCUACUUUGUGAAAGUGAUGGUGCUCAGCGGCCUCUGCUCCAACGCCUGUCCAGGAAACAUCAAGCCGUUGGGUGUGAACCAGCCGGGCCCGUAUGUCAUGUACACCACGCUGGACUCCACCGGCAAACUGAAGAACGCCUCAGCCGGUCAACUGAGCCAGUCGGCGCACUUCUCCCUCCAGCUGCCCUACACCGUGCUGGGCCUCGGACGCAGCGCCAACUUCCUGGACCACCUUGUGGUCGGCAUUCCCCGCAGGCCCGGAGAGCUGGAGUCUAGGAAGCAGGAGUGGACGGCCAUCAUUCCCAACUCUCAGCUCAUUGUCAUCCCCUACCCGCACGACCAACCCAGCAGUUGGAGCGCCAAACUGUACCUGACGCCCAGUAACAGCGUGCUGCUGACCGCCAUCGCCCUCAUCGGAGUGUGCGUCUUCAUCCUCGUCAUAAUUGGCAUCCUCCACUGGCAAGAGAAGAAAGCAGACGACCGAGAGAAGAGGCAGGAAGCCCACCGCUUCCAUUUUGAUGCCAUGUGAUGGACGAGUGUCACAUGGUUGGAGAUCGUCCUCACCUGGGCCCCCCAGUAUUCCACACAUCCAACUUGCCCCGCCCCCCCUUUUAUUGGCUCCCUUAACUUUCCCCCAUUUAUCUUUGCCCCUCUACCUGCCCCCGAAACUAGCCCCCUUUUCUGCCUCCUUGCCUGCCACAUUAACUUGUCCUUGCUUACCUGUCCUAUUUUCCAGCCCCCUUUGUCACCACCUUUACCUGACCCCCGCCUGACACCUGCUCCCUCCUUAACUUAAUCCCCUUUAGCCAGCCCCCUUUACUUCCCCCUCAAUUUGACUCUUUUUCCUGCCCCCUUUUCCUGUCUCCUUAGCUUUAGCGCUUUCCUCGCUCGUUCUGAAGACCAAAACAACCUUUCUUGGUUUUCCAUCAUUUCCAGUCUUGGGAUGAAAGGUGAAUUCUUCCUGUUUCCAACAAGCCCACACGCUGGGACCUCCGUCAUGGCCGACUGCAUCAUCGGGUCCAAGGAUCCAGUGUGCUGGAGUGUGCACAGCGUGACCUUUUUCAUCAUUUUCCAUGGAAUGGAACUUUUUUUUGUUUGAUUUUAUUUCAGACAUCCGUGCUGCCAAAAAGGUUUUCAUUGGGUCAUUCAAGGUCACCGUCAAAACUCUCUUCUCCCGUCUGGGAAAGCUAAUCUGGCCCAAGCGCUUUCAGCGUCUUUUUGUGUCAGUUCAGGUUGUUUUUUUUUCUCUCUGGAGAGAUUUGCCCUAACAAAUAACUUGUAUACGUGUAAUUUAUUUCUUUGCCGACAAACUCCAAGUGAAUAAUAAAAAUGGUGUUGAACUUGGGUGUUAAA